AUGAUGCGCGGAUUCAAUCUUGGUCACGUCAAGGAUGAGGACACUUUUGAUGCUCGUCAAUUUCGAUAUACAUCCUUGCAAUCUCAGUAUGACGAUCUGGAUGGUGCGACGUUCGCUCAGAUUGAAGAAGCAGCAAUGUGCUGUCAUUUGCGUGACUUUCAGGCGGCUUCGUGUAUUUUAGAUGCGCUUCCUUUAGAGAUACGCCAACAUCCCGCCAUUGUGUACGAGCGAAGCCAAAUAUUAUGGCUAGACUGGUCACUGUUCAAGUGCGAAAGUGUACUUGAGGGGGGCAUUGUUUGGGGAAAAGAUCAUAUACCAGAUUCUGCCAAGCCAGGGAUCUAUGCUCUCCUACGCAUUGCUCUGGGAAGAGUACGAGCAAUGACUCGCGGCGAUCUUACCGACGGUCGGAAUGCAUUGAGGGAAGUCAGAGGCUGGCUCUUAGACGUACCUAUCGAAGAAUACACCGACGUCCAGGUAAAAUUCUUGAUCUUCCUCACAUACUGUAUCUGUAUCUACUAUCACUUGCUUCACUUCCUAGGUAACGUCACAAAUGACUUUGACAAAGACUUUUUCAAAGUCAUUCCAGCAGUCGUGAAGUCAAACGGAUGGGCGACACUGAGGCGUCUUCGAGAAUAUAAGCAGAUGCAAGGUCGGUUGCUUGAAGCUCGAGUUGUUCUAGACCAGGAGCUUUGUCAUACUCCUGAUGCAUCAGAGCAAGAGAAAGCAUGCAAAUCGUUGUUAGAGGCGUGCAUAAAUCAGAAAGCAUCUACAGAGCCUAUUUGGUGGAUCUCUGGCAGGAGCAAAUUGCGGCUAGGUCAAAUUCUUCUCGCAGGGAGCAAGGUUCAAGCGCACGAUAUUGAUGGAUUUCAAGGUGCGAAGUGCGCUUUAGAGGCUGCGCGGGCACAUGCAUGUGAAAAUAACACUCUACUGCUCGUUCGCCAAGCGGAGCUCGAUUGUACGAACAAAUCCGGACACCAAGAUGCUCUGAAAGCGUACGAUGAGUUUGUGCAACAUGCAAGUGUCCAAAAAGACAAUUAUAUCUACAGCACCACAUUAAGUCGAGCAUGUAGCAUUGCACUCGCACAACUUGAGGGCAAAAGUUGUCCUGCAAAUGCGAAGAUCUUCUGGCAAUGGAAUAGGAAAGCAGAAUCACUUCUGAGGCAACUUGGCGAUAUUGCGUACCUCUUGAUAUUUCAUCUGGCCACUGGUGAUAUAGCAUGCAAGCUGGAAGGGGACAUUGGAUCGAUUUUGCAAUGGCAUGAAGAAUUCCAAAUGAGUUAUCCGUCAUAUAGUCUUUGGCGUCAGAAGACAGCGGUAGGGAAAACGAAGUUGUUGAUCUAUAAUCGCUUGAAUGACAGGGACAAUAUUCUUCGGACUCUUUCCGAGAUGCAAUGCGUUGCAGCUGCUCAAGAUACUUUCUGGGACGAAGAUGGGUUUAAAAAACAGGCAGCCAUCAAGGCCUCAUCCAGCGACCGAAAGAGCGACAUGACGUCUGGUCCGGCUGCCUUCCAAAAUUGGGACCCUGAAAUGGACUGGCUGUUAGAAUGGUCGACUGAGAUGCCUGUUUUCAUGAACACUGGGUGGAAGAGAGUCGCGGUACAGGUAGAGCCAGAUUCUGUCAAAGCGUCAUCAAUUUUGGAAGUACAUCUGUGCUCAUGGAUGAAGGAAGAAUUCCACGCCGGGGUCCUGACACAGCAAGAUACGACAGAUAUUCUGUCUUUCGACUCCGUUGGCGAUGCUGAUACGCUUCAAGUUACCAAAAGUAUUAAGAAAAUCUCCAUCGAUCGUACGGAACCCGCCGAACAAGCUCGUAGUGCGAUCAACACUGUAGCAAGCAAUCUCGAGAGGAGUCCAAGCUCCACAUUUGAAGACACGAUAACGUCUCUGACACCGGAGACCACGUCCCGUAGAGUUUUUGGGACAUCUGCAGCUCCGACUAGCAAGAUUCGCUGGGAGAAGGCAUAUUCGGCCCUGUCCGACUGGCUUUUGCAAAAAUCCACCCGAUCUGAAGCCAGAAGACACUUCUUGCUCUACCAAAUUCAGAAUCGGCGGCUAAGCAACGUUAUUCAUGCAGCUACGUCUUACGAACUUCGUGCUCUUGAGGCUGAGAGAUUGAUUAUUCUUUUGCCGAAGUUGAAUGCCAAGGUGCAAGCUCAAAUAGCUUCUGAUCUUGCUUAUUGGAGGAGUAUACUUGCUGCAGCAAAGCAUAUGAUGUAUGUCAAGUCGCUUGGCGACGUGUUACGUGACAUGCACAGUCCAGAGGUCAAAGAAAUACUAGAAUUAUAUGACCAGUCUCUUGUAGACAACCACGAGAAGAACGGGCCGCUCACUCGGGAUAUUCACAUCAAUAUGGAUAUAGCGCAUGUAUACUUUUACGCUGCAGCGAGGAUGGACCCAAUUGCCGUUGAAGGACUAUUAAAUGCAGUGGCUAGGGCAGUACAAACAUUCGAGAAGAUCAGAGCAGGCUGGCGAGCGUUGAAGGGCUGGGAUAGAGUAGAGAAAUUGCUGCUGGCCUUGGAAGAAAGGCGAAUUUUACAAAUUGCACCCACGAUUGUGACAGUGAUCUGCCAGGUUCCUGAUGAUAGACGUGAGGCAAGGGACAAGAUGAUUUGGGAUAUGAUCCAAUUCGCAAAAUCAAUUGGAAUUAGCUGGCUGAUGGAAUCGAAUGCGGCUGACUUACGAGAGAAGAAAGCUGACGGCAAAAAUGAUAGUGGUCACAGUGGCAACAAGGACGCAGGUCUGCAAGACAAGUCCAGAAUGACUAGCGAUCCCGAAGAAUACCCUAGCACACAGCUUAGAGCUACUCUCGACAGCCACGAUAAUCAAAGAGCAGACGAAAAGUUAGAAAUUGCAAGAGUAGACGCUGCGAAAGCAGCCGAAAGUGGAGAAAAGCAAGCAAGCACCAGCCUUGACACAGAUCAAUUGCAGGCGGAUCUUCAAAGCAUCAAUCACUUUGGCAGCGAUACUGUCUUCGUCGACUGGUACAACAGUGCUUGUGGGCUGGCUGAUUCACCUCGGCCUGUCGUCACUACGUUAUCUGGAACGAACGAGGCGCCUAGAUGCUCUGUUGCAAGCAUUACGUGGAAGCAAGUGAACGAAGUAGUCAAUCAAUUCAUGGAAUUAGAGACAGAAGAUCUCCAGGACGAGGACUCCACAGAGUUUCUGUAUCAACUGAACCCCUUAGUUGAGCCGCUCGCUUGGACCAAGCCUGGCCAGACUCUCGUGCUAUCACCCUGUGGCAAUCUGCACCGCAUACCGCUGCAUGCCCUUAAGAUUAAUGGCGAAGUCAUCAUCAAGAGGAACCCGGUCGUUUACUGUAGCAGCCUGAGCGCUUUGGCCAGUGCAUAUAGACUCAGGAUUCCAUGGGAGGCACAGAGCUCUACGCGGCUCAAACCAGAUGCCACAGCUAAGGAAAUCCCAGAUUCUUUCCCAGCGGAAUAUCUCAGUUUCAAAGUCUCUCUAUUCGGCGACCCACCAAGCAAAGUCGGCCAAGCAGCCCUCACAUCCACAGCAUCAAAAUUCAAAACAAUCCCCCAAAUCGGCCCCAACUUCACCGCCUCCUCUUUUACCCGCACCCUCCAAGACCCAGACCUCACCCUCCUCCACUACCACGGCCACGCAGACUUCAGCCCCACAGCGCCCACAGACCACUGCCUCCUCUUCUCCGACCGCGAUCUCACUCUCCGCGACAUUUUCGAUCUCCCCUCCCCUUUAAGCCACGGCCGAGGCUUCCACGUCACGCUUCUAGGCUGCGGUAGCGGAAUGAGCAAGACAGGGCCGACGGACGAUGUUAUUGGGUUGGUGCCGAGUUUGCUUUACGCGGGCGCGGCGAGCACGGUGAGCACGUUGUGGAAAUUCUUGGAUGGGGAUGCGGCGAGUUAUUCGGAGGCGUUUUAUGAGGAUUUCUUUGGGGGAAGGGCGGAGAGUGGAGGGGUAGGAACGGUGGGGGAUGGGGUAAGAGGCGAGGCUGGGGAAGUUGUUGUGGAUUUGGCGAAGGCGAAUCAGAAGGCUGUUCUGAGUAUUAUGCGAAAGAGACCUGCGUUGUAUCAUUGGGCUUCGUUUGUGCUGAAUGGGUAUUGGAUGAUGAGGAUGCCUCUUGGGAAGUGA